AUGUCGGAAGCUAGCGAUAACAAGAUUGGCGAGAAGCCGACCGCUGAUGAGGCAUCAUGGCGCCCGCCGCGCCAGCAUCCUCGCCCAGAACCUCGAGGGCGAGAUCCCCAACCCGCUCAAGGGGAUCCCCGCGAGACCCUCCUCGACAACGUGACGCGCUUCCAAAAGGAAAAGGGCUUGCCCGACGACAUCCUGCCCGUGCUCAAGAAGGGCGCCCUCGUCGCCCAGAACCCCGCCGGCUUCGAGUCCAUAAGCGACCUCGAAGAAGAGGAGAAGCAGGCCCUGCGAGACGAGGUCACCCACAAAUGGCGACACCCCAAGCCUUUGUACUACACUAUUCUGCUCAACUCCAUCGCCGCUGCUAUUCAAGGUUGGGAUCAGACGGGUUCCAACGGUGCCAACUUGAGCUUCCCCAUCGCUAUGGGUAUCCCCGAUAGCGGUGAUUUCUGUAUCGACAACCAGGCCGAGUGCGACAAGAAUGCUUGGAUCGUCGGGUUGGUGAACGCCAUGCCCUACAUCACCAUCUGGCUCUUCGCCGGUUGGAUCUCGGAUCCCCUCAACGACCUCCUCGGACGCCGCGGCGUCAUCUUCCUCGGCGGCAUCUUCUCCCUCAUCGCUCCCUUCGGCAUGGGCGUGUCCCAGACCUGGGGCCAGCUCGCCGCCACGCGUAUGCUUCUCGGUAUCGGCAUGGGUCUCAAGGAAGUCACCGUCCCCGUCUUCUCGGCGGAGAACUCGCCUCCCUUGAUUCGCGGUGGUUUAGUCAUGUCUUGGCAGAUUUGGACAGCUUUCGGCAUCUUCCUCGGUACUUGCGCCAACCUCGCCGUCGGCAAGACGGGCGCCAUCGCCUGGCGUCUCCAGUUCGCCUCGGCCUUCAUCCCCGCCGUGCCCCUCAAGGGCAAGUACACCAAGGCCUGGGGCUCCCUCCUGCGCCUGCGCAACACCCCUCUCCAGGCCGCCCGCGACCUCUACUACAUCCAGGCCAUGCUCGACCAGGAGGAGGCCAUGGUCCGCGAGUCCGGCCUGCACGCCACCAACAACAUGUUCAAGCGCUUCGUCGAGCUCUUCACCGUGCCCCGCAUCCGCCGCGCCACCCAGGCGUCCGGUAUCGUCAUGAUUGCCCAGCAGAUGUGCGGCAUCAACAUCAUCGCCUUUUACAGCUCCACCAUCUUCAAGGAGUCGGGCAUCAGCGACUACACUGCCCUCUUCGCCUCCUUUGGCUUCGGUCUCAUCAACUUCAUCUUUGCCUGGCCCGCCGUUUGGACGAUCGAUACCUUUGGUCGUAGGGCCCUGCUGCUGUUCACUUUCCCCAACAUGUUCUGGACUCUGCUCGCUGCCGGUCUUUGCUUCCUGAUCCAGCCUGGUGUCGAAGAUAGCACAGCCCGUAUCGCCGCCGUGGCCACAUUCGUUUAUCUCUUCGCCGCCUUUUACUCUCCAGGCGAGGGUCCCGUCCCCUUCAUGUACUCCGCCGAGGUGUUCCCGCUCUCCCAUCGUGAGAUUGGCAUGUCGUGGGCCGUGGCGACCAACAACUUCUGGGGCUCCAUCCUCUCCCUCACCUUCCCCCGAAUGCUGCACGCCAUGACGGCCACGGGCGCCUUUUGCUUCUACGCGGGCCUUAACCUCGUGGCACUCGCCCUCAUCUUCCUCUUCAUGCCCGAGACCAAGCAAAAGACCCUCGAGGAACUCGAUUACGUCUUCGCCGUGCCCACCAGGACUCACGCCAAGUACCAGACCGGCACCGUGCUCCCCUGGUGGUUCAGGCGGUGGAUCCUCCAGAAGAAGGGCGAGCCCUGCCCCGAGCUGUACCGCCAGGACAACAGCCGGACGAGAGCCAUUGCGUCGGGCACGAUGGCUCACCUCCUUCUCGAAUGGGCUAAGAACAUCUCUUUCAACGGGUUGGGAGAUUUGAGGAUUCACCAGGCCCGCGUGCCCCGUUCUGUUGUCCGGCUGGCGAGUUACGCGUAA